GUUAACGUAGCGAACGUUGAUAUUUCGCAAGCUACAUGUUGAUUGGAAGCUAACUAUAGCUGGCAUGCUAGCGAGGUAACAGGCGGCAUCCGGCGCGUAUUGGGCGAGGUGAUGAUGAUGACGAGAUAGCCUAGCAAUGUGGCUCCACACUUAGCGCACUGGUUUUCUGGAAUGUUAACUUCGCUAACGUUAGUUCUGUUGUACUGAAUUAUGUUGAGGUGUAGUUAUUGGUUCGCGAAAUAAGGUAGAAGUAGACCGCAUAUAUCGACUGUUACCCGUCGAGUUCAUUAAAAUAUAACUUAAAACAAAAGCAAUCCUGGAGGUCUGGAAGAGUUCAUACCUGCAGGUCUCCCACUUUCGGAAGUUGGGCUAUGUAAUCGCUUCAUUUAUUCACAGUUCUCUGCAGAGCCACUGUGCCACACGUGGCCCCCCCUGCUCCUGGCCGACCCUCCCCUUCCCCUCCCCUGUCAUCGGUGCGUUACCGGGAGAACGCCUGAGCGGAGCUCCCCAGCGCCUGCCAGCCUUUUGCCAGGAAACGCGCCCCUGCCUGUUCUGCCAAGCUGUCGGACAUGUCAGGACCCGUGCCGAGCCGGGCCCGGGUCUACACCGAGGUGAACACACACCGGCCCCGGGAGUACUGGGACUACGAGUCCCACGUGGUGGAAUGGGGAAACCAAGAUGACUUUCAGCUGGUGCGGAAGUUGGGGCGGGGAAAAUACAGUGAAGUCUUUGAAGCGAUCAACAUCACAAAUAACGAAAAGGUGGUGGUGAAAAUACUCAAGCCAGUGAAAAAGAAGAAAAUUAAGCGUGAAAUUAAGAUUCUGGAGAAUCUUCGAGGAGGACCUAAUAUUAUCUCCCUCCUAGACAUUGUCAAAGACCCUGUGUCUCGAACUCCUGCCUUGGUUUUUGAGCAUGUUAACAACACAGAUUUCAAGCAAUUGUACCAGACCUUAACUGACUACGACAUAAGAUUCUACAUGUACGAGAUUCUUAAGGCUCUGGAUUACUGCCACAGCAUGGGCAUCAUGCACAGGGACGUGAAGCCCCACAACGUGAUGAUCGAUCACGAGCACAGAAAGCUGCGACUCAUUGACUGGGGCCUUGCGGAGUUCUACCACCCAGGGCAGGAGUACAAUGUCAGGGUGGCCUCUCGUUACUUCAAAGGACCAGAACUGCUGGUUGACUAUCAGAUGUAUGACUACAGCCUUGACAUGUGGAGUCUGGGCUGCAUGCUGGCCAGCAUGAUCUUCAGGAAGGAGCCAUUCUUUCACGGUCAUGACAACUAUGACCAGCUUGUGAGAAUAGCCAAAGUCCUGGGAACCGAAGAUCUCUACGACUACAUCGACAAGUACAACAUCGAGCUGGAGCCACGCUUCAACGACAUCCUGGGCAGGCAUUCCCGUAAACGAUGGGAGAGGUUUGUUCACAGCGAGAACCAGCACCUGGUCAGCCCCGAAGCCCUGGACUUUCUGGACAAACUGCUACGAUAUGACCACCAGGCCCGGCUCACUGCCCGGGAAGCCAUGGAGCACCCCUACUUCUAUCCCAUUGUAAAAGACCAGUCUCGACUGGGGGGAUCAGCCGGCUUGCCAAGUGCGAACACCCCUGUGACUUCAGCCAACAUCAUAACAGGAAUCGCUGCCUUGCCAGCCGCCACCCCCCUGGGCCCACUGGCGGGCUCGCCCGUCAUCUCCGCCACCAACGCCCUGGGAACGGCCGUGCCUGCUGCGGCUGGAGCCCAGCAGUGAUGGGCCCUGUGCCUCCCCAAACCUUCCCCUCCCCGCUCCGCCCCGCCCCGCCUCUCCCGUCUUCCCCCAGCAGUGAUGGGCCCUGUGCCUCCCCAAACCUUCCCCGCCCCGCCCGUCUUAUCGCAGCCCAGCCGUGGUCGGCUGCUCUAACUCCCCCCGUCCCACGCACACACAGCCACCACACCCGUCUUUAAUUCGGGCCGAUCGUCCGAGAGGUCCAGGAAUGCCAGCCUCCGUGCAGUUCAGCUUGUGGAUUCUUUUUAGUUCAAUGAACCUGGAAAAUAAGAUAAUUGAAUGUUUUGUAUGUCAUAUAUACAGGUAUUCCAUGCAUUUGACAGCUGAUGAUGAUGAUGGUACACAUGCUGCACCAGUGUAAGCGUGUGUAUGCUUGUGUUUACGCUGCAAAAUGGAUGAAAAUUAGUAGAUAAUGAGAUUCUCAACUGGUUAGAUAUGCAAAGAAGAAAAAAAACACAGUAGAUGACAAAAUAGUUAGCCUAAAAAAAGGAAAAGAAAAAAAACUGAAAGGAUUAAAAUAGCAUUCGGACCAAAACGAGCACAUGCUGUAAACCCGAAAAUGCAACGGUCAAACAAGAUCAACAAGGGCCGCCUUCAGCAGUUACACCUUUGUUUUUGUUUCGUGACCUAUCACGAAGCGUUGCCAUGGCGGCGUCUUCGAUGGGCUGUGUUCUGUAAUUUGGUGGUCGUUCGGUUGAAGCCGCAACGGUUGACCCACAAACCCUUUCAAGGCCAUCUGGCACACUUCUAGCUAGCUCUGUUAAACCCCAUCCAUCUUUUGCUUUAUCAGCGGAAAAGAGAGGGGUCCUGAACCAAUCCGAUCAUUUGGAAUGCCAUAUGUGUUUGAACUGGGAUUGGAUGUGGUUUAUUGGCAGUAUCCUGUCAUUCAAUGUGCUCAAAGCUUACUUAAAGCCAAGCCAUCUGUUCUGCUGUUAUUUUGAACUUGCUGCUUUACAGUUUCUUGAAUUCACUCAAGUAGCAUAACCAAAGUUAAUACUGAAUUACUUGGGAAGAAGAGACUGACCAAAACUGAACUUUUUUUUGUUUGUUAUUGAAAGAUGGAUACUGCCUUUAAAAUAACUUAACUUGCCAUUGUUCGAAAGGACAACUUGUAGUUCAUUCUUUCUUUUUGAGUAGCCUGGGGAGAAUAAGAGAGAGCACAAGUGUUACACUUUUACUGUGCUUGAAAUGGUUUUCUAUUUUCUGUCAUAUAGAUUAAAAGGAGAAUGGUUUUCUUUUAUAUUGCUGAAAAUGUGCAUUUCUUUGGACACAGAUUCUCUAACCUUACUGGUCUUUUUGUUGAUUAAUUUCAGGGUAAGACUUUUUCUGGGUUUUUUUUUUUUUUGUUUUUCAUUUUGUUUUGGGGUUUGUUUUUUCUGUCAGCGUUUGGUGAAUUUUUUGUUUGGACUUGUCACUUCCAUACAUUUUGAAGGACAUACUGAACUUGAAGGGUUAAACGUUUUCAGCAUUUUUGUGCCAUUGAUGGGAAUCUUGUAAACACAUGGUCUUGUAUGCUUAGACCCUGCUGUAAAUAGGCACAUUGCAACCUUUUUUCAUUUCUUUUUGAAAACUUGGAACAUGUGAUACUUACACACCACCAUUAUAAUGAAGUUGUUUGAGCCCUUAACAUCUCUGUAUAUAUUUUUAUGUCCCCUUAUGUGGAAGACCAGUAUUUGAGAACAUUUGUGUAAAUAAACGCGUGUUUUAUUUAUCAAGGGUA